AGAACAAAUCGUUUGUAAAGCUAUCCCGUUCAAAGAUUCAACGGUUCCCGUAGCAAAACAAACAGACCACACUGCAUCUCCACAAAGAGGUCACCGGGUACGACUGCACACCAAUUCACCCUUCCCCGCAGCAUUAGAAUUUCUUCACAUUAAAAUUCCGAACCCUUUGUCCCCAACGUCCAGCACUUACCUUUCUCCAUUCGCUCCAUGCCGUCGUUCGUCGUUUGGCCGUCUGCUGGCUCCCUUCGGCACGUUUUGCCGAUAUAUUGAUGUGCUCUGCCGCCGGAUCCGCUCGUAAUGCUGCUCAUCGUCACCAACGCCCUGCUCAAACAUCCCGCCAUACCACGGCUAAUUGCUUAUCUGAGAUCAUGCGCGACGACGGGCGUUUGUGUGUGUGCGUGUGUGUGUGUGUACAUGCACUUGAGCAAAACCAGAUCGCCGUUGACCGCAUACCCUGGGCUAGAAAUAAAAUCCGCACACGGUCACAAUUUGCUUGCAAACGGUGAGGAGCGCAGACGGACGCGCGUCGACAUACGAAACUGCCGAAUUGGAAUUUGGCCCCGCACCAUUGCCACACAACACAACGCCAACUUCCGGGGCAACAAAUGAGAGAGAGAGGGAAAGAAGAUAGUUGCAGCUACUCUAGUGUGCUUAUAGUUCCUUUUUCCGGCUGUGGGUUCCAUCGCAGAACGUCCGCCAAGUGUCCGUUAUCUAUCGAACAGGUAUAGGACACGGUUGCUGAUAACGCCAAUCGUUCCGUGAGUAGUGGUGACGGUGCCGAACGAAGUGGUCCGUUUUGGGGAACGACCGCCGUUUUCGUUGCAUUCCGAGGCUAUCCGAGUGGCUGUUGUAGUUGUAGUAGCAGCAGCAGCAGCAGCAGCGCGGCACAAACCCGCGAGGUUCCCGAUCAGUUCGCACGUGACGGUGAUCGGUUUUGGACGGGCGCACGCGGGCCCUCGCACAUUGUGUUCGGGUGCUCUCUCUCCCUCUCUUUUGCUGACUUGAGAUAAGGAGACCUCGCGAGGGUGUGCUAAUUCUGUGACGGGUGGGACAGGGACCGUGAUUCAGACAUUCCGGUCAACCCCGGAUUUCGGCGGAAUUGCCCAUUUGCGUGCAAAACUUUGCACCCAGUUAUGACGGUGCGGUGCCAAAUUUCAUAACUUGUGUGACCGCUCCCUAUCAUUACCCCGAAAGGCUGUGGUGAGUGGAUCCCGCGCUACAGGUGUGUGAAGGCCCUUAUCAGCCGUGCUUGGCUGAUAGCAACUUCCAGGGAGGGCCGACCGCGGCUUAUGUUUAUCCAGCACCGUUUUCCGAAGCUUCGGCAGUGAUAGGGUGAGUGCAGCACUAGCUCGGGCGCGGUAUUGCCAUUCACCGGACGGCUGCGGCAUCGGCGUGUAGUGCGUGUGACCACGAGCGAGUUCGAAUUCCAGCCGGACACAAUAUGGGACGUAUUGGAGGGGUGAUAGUGCGGUGCUGGUUGGUGGUGAUCGUGUGCAGUGCCAACAGUGUCCCAUUGGCCAGUGCGCUUGAGGCCAGUGGACAAGGCUACGAAUAUGAAGAUCCGCUGGACGAUGACAUCGGCGUCGGUGGUAGUGAUGGGGUUGUUGAUAGUGUAGUACCAUCAUCUAUUAGCUCCAGCACGGUGGUCACACCCUCGAUGACCACCCUCGAAGAUGCCGUACAGCGGCACCCGGUGGCUAUUGGGAACGGUACGAUUAGUGCGGUGGAAGCUGGAACGACUUCCACCUUGGCGCUGCCGGAAAAGGAGGACGCUGGGCUCGGUACACCACUCCUCGAUGGGCUGGGUGCUAGUGGCAGUACCGCACCGCCACCGACGACCGUAGAGGACGAUAGCUGCCGAGGUCAUGAGAAACUACCGACCCAGCCAGAGUACGUGAGCCGCGACGCGAGCAUCAUGCGCAAGUGUUGUCCGCCGGGCGAAAGUUUAGUGAGCGAGCACUCCAAGCACGUGUCCUGCCAGAAAGAUGCGCCGAGCUCGUACCUGCCGCAACCGAUCGUCGCCCAGUUCUACCGGGACUGCAUCGAAGAUCUGGAGGAAGAGCUGCGGCUGGACGUGCGGUACGGCAAUCCCUGCCCGAGCGAAGGUGGCAUGGUGAGCUUCGGGGCGCACACGAACGACACACUGUACGUGAUCCAGAACGGUUCGCUGCUGGUAAUUUACGGUGGCAAGGAUUACGACGUGUACGGUACGUACUGUCUCGAUUACGACCGCACCGACGGCGCGCUGCUCGCGUACGUCUGCCCGUCCGAGGUGCGCGUGAUGGUCGAUGUGGUCAAGGGUCAGCUGUUUCUGCUCACGAUCUGCCUGAUCGUGGCCAUCCCGGCACUGCUCGUUACCGCGCUGCUAUACAUCAUCGUACCGAAGCUGCACGAUCUGCACGGCCGGGCGCUGGCGAUGAACUGCGUCAACUUUGCGAUCGCCCUGCUGCUGGAGUGCUUCUUCCAGUACCGGAACCGUGGCAAGCGCAUGCUGAUGGACGAUAUGGUGCUGGAGAACUACGCCGAAUACUUCAUACUGGCCACGUUCUUCUGGCUGCUGGUGAACUGUGGCAACAACUGCUUUCAUGCGUGGUAUUACGUCCCGCGAGGGAAGAAGGCCAACACGCUCGAGGACAACCAACGGUUUGCGCUGUACGCCGCGUUCGCGCAGCUCAUCCCGCUGUGGAUCAUACUGUCCUACUCGAUGACGCCGGCCGGCACGCCCGCCAUCAAGCACUAUCUGUUCAUCCCGAUCGGUGUGACGCUGGGGCUCGGUAGCCUCUGCCUGCUGGUAACGCUUUUGGGGCUGACGCGGCUGAAAAAUUGCUACUACACCUGCCACCAAAUCCGACAGCGCUUGGUGCAGAGCGGCCAGUAUGAGGAGCUGUGCAAGUACGUGCCCGUAUGUGGCCGUAAAGUGAACAAGGUGAUAUACAUGAACAAAUACACGGUCCCACUGUUCGUCGUGAUGGGCACCAUCUGGACGGUGAUGGCGGUGACGUACUACGCGACGUACGAUCUGCCAAUCUUCUACGACAUACUGUUCGGCUUUCAGGGCAUCCUGAUGUUCGUCAUCUUCGUCUGCAUGCCGCGCCCGUACGAAACGAUCCGCCAGUGGCUCAACGAGCGGCGGUACUGCGCCUGGAUGUGUCGGGUCGAUCAGGUCGACGACGGUGAGGAGGCACCGAUGAAGCGCCAGAUGAUCGCACCGAUGAUGGCACGGGCGGCACCACGCGCUUGCGGCCCGGACGCCGCCCAGUACAGCGCGUACAUGGCCGGACCGGAGCGCUUGAAGCUCAACAAAAAUCCGUUUAAAUAUCUGGAGGAAUUGUAGGAACAGUUUCGGGCGAUUGGGGUACCCCAUUUACGGCGGGGGUUGUAAAUAUUAGACGCAGUAUUAGAUAGGCGGUAGUUACUUAUUCGGAUACUGGACAUUCAACGUUGUCUACGUUGUGUGUGUUUUUUUCAAAUGUCGAAUAACAUGACCAAUAGGCGUAAAAUUCCUAAACUAGUUUAAAUAAUCGAACAGUGUAAGGCAACGUAGUGACGUCAGUGAGGCGUAAUAAGAUAGCAUAAAAGAGUCAUUCUUAGAAGUAGGGUCUAUUAAGGGAAAAUCAUGCUAUAAAGUAAUUCAGCAGUGAAGUAA